AAGGCCAAGGUGUUCGGGGCGUCCGACUUCGUGAACCCCAAGGAUCACAGUAAACCCAUCAGCCAAGUUCUGUCUGAGAUGACUGACGGGGGAGUGGACUUCUCCCUGGAAUGUGUCGGGAAUGUGGGAGUCAUGCGCAGUGCCUUGGAGUCUUGUGUGAAAGGUUGGGGUGUCAGUGUGAUUGUUGGCUUGAAUGACAUGGAGGACAUUUCUGCCCGACCCCUUAUGCUCAUUGCUGGACGCACAUGGAAGGGCUCUACAUUUGGAGGCUUUAAGGCUAAGGAUGGCGUGGCAAAGAUGGUUGAAGCCUACAUGGACAAGAAGUUGAAGGUGGAUGAGUUCAUCACCCACAACAUGACUUUGGAUCAGGUCAAUGAUGCCAUUGAACUGAUGAAGCAUGGCAAAUGCAUCCGGACGGUCCUCAACGUCUCUCCAAAAUGAGACCACUUUGUUGCUUUUAAUGACCCCCAAAGUAAUAAAGAAACCCACCGUUUUACUUUUCAAAAUCUCUGCAUAAUACUCUUACAAAUAAUAUAAUACACCUCAUAGAUUUUAGCCUGACCUUGAACACUCAGUAAUGUUCAGGUGAAUACAAGAAGAUUGUGUAAAUCAUGAAGUGUUAAUUAAUAAAAACAAUGUUCUAAACAGAUGGAGUCUGUGGUUUGUGAAAACGUUUGUGUUCUACCCUCUAUUACAUUGUGAGUGUAAUAGAGUGUUGUUGUCAGAGUAAUUACAUUUUUUCAUCAUACAUAC